CGAGCACGUGGUACACGCAAACAUCCGGUUUUCAUAAAAUGCAAAUAACAUUGCAACAAUGUUUUGACACACAGCUUUGACGCGCGGAGGCUUCCUAAACUAUGGAGGCAGGCAGCCUUGUCUCAUGCCGAGAGGACAUUUCUUCGCUGUUUCCUGAGCAAACGCCGGGUGCCAAAUAUAAAGAUUUAAGCAGCCAGUUUUCCUCCGUCAGACAAGUGCGCGGAGAUGGGAACUGCUUCUACAGAGCCCUCUGCUUCGCACACCUGGAGUCUCUCCUGCACAAUGCCAGGGCUUUGCAGAGGUUUAAGGAGAAAAUUGUACAAACCUGUGAAGACUUCUCUUCUGCGGGAUUCGAUGAGAGCUCCUUCAGGCACCACCUGAAUACAGUGGUAAAUGUUGUGGAGCAGUGCCAGGCGGAUGAGCAGGAAGACACGCUGCUCAAGCUCUUCAAUGAGCAGAUGACCUCCGACAGUGUAGUGCAAUAUCUCCGGCUGCUCACUUCAGCACACCUGCAAAACCAGGCGGACUUCUUCUGCAACUUUGUGGAGGCACCCAAUCUACUGGCCUACUGUCAUCAAGAAGUGGAGGUCAUGGCGAUGGAGUGCGAUCAUGUGGACAUCUUAGCUCUGUCACAGGCCCUGGAUAUUUGCAUCCACAUCGUCUCCAUGGAGGGUGACGAGCAGCAGUUGGCUCAUCACGUCAUUCCAGAGGGUGCUGAGCCCUCCCUGCACCUCCUCUACCAAACCUCACAUUAUAACAUUCUCUACCCGCGACCACAACGCUGACCAGAGAUCCACUCGGACUCGGCUCAUCUCAGGAACACUGACUUUGGUUGAAUAAAAUCCCAACUGAGCUCAAAGACGUUUAUAAAAACAGAUUUUUAUAAAGUCUUGCAGUGUACAGCAAUUCAACAUCAUCUGGAAAUACUUUUUUUUGCACAUUUUGCAUUAAAUGUUAAAAUGAAUUGAAUGUAUGUAAAAAAAAUUACAUAAAUCAACAACUACACAAAUCCUGUCAGAGAUGGCCUUUCUAAUGCACAUUCCUAUUAACAUGUCAUUGCUGCUGUUUUUUUUUUCUUCUGCUUUUUCUGCCGUGGUGGAGCAUAUUUCUUUAACUUCUGUUUCAUCUUCUGUAUUGACACCCUGGUGAGGGCACUUUCCCUCUCUGCUAGAGGCAUGUGAGGCAGGGACAGCUUCCCCAUUUGAGUGGGAUACUUGGUCUUAAUCACAUUCUUGAAAACAGGUUGUGAGAUCAACUGCUUCAAAUGCUUUUUCAUUCCCUUUACCACCUUCUGCUGCUCCCUGUCACCUUCCUCAUCCCUUCCUCUGCCUGUAGACAUAAAUAGGAUAUUCAGUUGUCUGUAUUUGGACAUUUUUAAAUAAAGGUAAAAUGUAGUAAGA